AUGCCGCCGCGGAACAGGGCCAACUCGAAGGGGGCCGCCGCGACGAAGGAUGAUGAGGGACGGCAGCCCGUUUAUUCCGAAAUGGCCAUGAGGAAUAAUGCGGGAGUAUUGGAAUACGCGAGGACAUGCCAAGCCGCCGGCGCUGGCAUCGCGUCCGGCAUUCUCGGGUUGACGGCUAUACCCGGGUUCAUCUUCUAUUUCGUCACCAUUCUUAUACAGGCGGCCGUCUGGGAAUGGAAAUCGGGCUUCUCGUGGGGCAAAUACUUCAUGGAUCGCAGCUCAUCCGUCACUCAUUCGCUGAUGUCUGGCCUCUUCACCUAUAUCCUGUUCUGGGUGUUCUUCUACGGCAUGGUGCACGUCUAC